CGACGUAGGAUAGUUGGAAGGGCAGUUAAAAUUGGAAAAUGGAAACUCAAGAAAUUGGGAGCGAAACGCACGGGUUGGUGCCAGAAGAGUAGCAUCGAAUUUGGGAAGGAAGAGAGAGAGAGAGAGAGAGGAGAGAGAAAUACCAAUCGGCAGAAAAACUCUGCCAUCUCAUCUUCCUUCCAUCCAUCUAGGGUUUUCCUUUCCUUUCCCAAAAGGCGACACUUCUUCGCUUGCUGGCUAGCUAGCUUCGUGUUCCCGGAUAGCGAAGAACCUCCGAAUCAAUCGCACAUCGAAUCAAAUGGCGACAGUUGCGAGCUCGAAUCAGCAGCAGAGCGCGGGGGUGGUGGUGGAGAAGAAGAAGCCGGUGUUCGUGAAAGUCGACCAGCUGAAGCCGGGGACCCAGAACAACAACCUGAUCGUCAAGGUCUUGUCGUCGAACACCGUCUUGCAGAAGGGUCGGGCCGCGUCUCAGCGCCUCCGCAACACUCGCAUCGCCGAGUGCCUCGUCGGCGACGAGACAGGGACUAUCCUCCUCACCGCUCGUAAUGAGCAAGUCGACUUGGUGAAGCCUGAAACCACUAUCAUAAUCCGAAACUCGAAGAUUGACAUGUUCAAGGGUUCCAUGAGGCUAGCUGUUGACAAGUGGGGUCGCAUCGAAGUCACUGAGCCUGCUAAUUUCGUGGUAAAAGAGGAUAACAAUAUGUCGCUGGUGGAAUAUGAACUGGUGACGGUUGCUGCAGAUGCGGUUGCUGCAGAUGAGUAGAGCGGAUGCUUUUGUGGUGGUGGUGUUUGUAAGGGUCGGAGUUUUUUUUUUUUUUUUUCUUCUGGGGGGUAUUGCUUAAAUGGAGUUAUGCAAGUCUUCAGAGUCCAUCAAAGUUUUGUGGUUUUCUUACAUUGUGUCGUGGGAUGGUAAUGCUACGACUCUUUACGGGUUUGGUAUAUGGAACCUCCCUGAAAUUGGUUCAGUCUCUCUGCUAUCUCAAGCUUAACCUCUUCUUCUUUUUCUUUUUCUAGGGUGUUCUUGUUGGACCUUAUUUCAGCAUCACUGAGAUGGUUUGUUUGUGUAAGUGACUAUUCACUUGCUUUCUCAUGUCCAGCCAUUGUCUUGGAGCUCGAAGCAUUUGGUGUUAGAACUGUUAAUAGUAGAUUCAUCUAUUGAUUAGCUGAUCAUCUCUGGCGUUCUACGAUUGAAGUAGCUGUGUAACUGUUUCUGGUAUUUUGUAUUUUUUCUCUCUGUUGCACAGCCUUCUUAUCGUGUGCAUCGUAGUAGUACUCAUCAUCGUUCCAUUAGAAUAGUGCUUGUAACCGAAACUUCGAUUCACUUGUUAUAAAUAGGAUCAUCAUCCAGCUGAAAUCGAAGUACUGUGUAGUGAUGUGAUCAAAUCCGAAUUGAAUAACAUCUUGGCUCGGUC